UCGUGUGGUGACGGAGUAGAGUUUGAGAUAGUAAUAUAUCUGUUGUUAGAUUGGAAGUGGCAGUGGCAGUUGCAGACUCAAUCCAUGGCAGCUGCAUUUGCAUCUUCGACUACCACAUUCAGACUGUCAAAUUUUGGAGAUAUCAAAGGUUUGCACCUCCAUAACCCUAAUUCUAAUAAUCUCAAGUUUAGGACGCCGGCGUCUGGGUUUGGCGGUUGUCAUGGAGUGACAUUGAGUGUGAAAGAAAGGGAAGUUGGAAGGGGUUUGAGGGUUCGGGCGAGUUCUUCUUCGGGGGAGGACGCAAGUGUUCAGGCUAAAGUGACUCAGAAAGUAUUCUUCGACAUUAGUAUCGGAAAUCCAGUUGGGAAGCUUGUCGGAAGGGUUGUCAUUGGACUGUACGGCGACGAUGUUCCCCAAACAGCCGAGAACUUCCGUGCCCUCUGCACCGGAGAGAAGGGCUUUGGGUAUAAGGGCUCUACCUUCCAUCGUGUUAUCAAGGAUUUCAUGAUUCAAGGGGGCGAUUUUGACAAAGGAAAUGGAACUGGAGGCAAGAGUAUAUAUGGUCGCACUUUCAAAGAUGAGAAUUUUAUUUUGUCUCAUACUGGACCCGGAGUUGUUAGCAUGGCAAAUGCAGGUCCCAACACAAAUGGGAGUCAGUUUUUCAUAUGCACUGUCAAGACACCAUGGUUGGAUCAGAGACAUGUUGUAUUUGGCCAAGUUUUGGAAGGCAUGGACAUUGUUAGGUUGAUCGAAUCCCAGGAGACAGAUAGGGGUGACCGUCCUAGAAAAAACGUGACCAUCAGCGACUGUGGUGAGCUUCCAAUUGCUUGAGGUGGUGGUUCUUGUGUAUUUUGUUGGUCAUGGUCAUUUUCUUCUAUUAACUUGUUUAGAUUGAGAAGAAACUCCUGCUUUAUGGAAAUUUUUGUUCGACUA